GUGUGAGUGUGUGUGUGUGUGUGUGAGAGAGAGAGAGAGAGCUGAGCUGAGCUGAGCUGAGUGAAGUGGCUGGGGCAGCAGGGAGAUGGUGGUGUCAGGGCCGGACUGAAGAUGACUCCUCAGCACAAGGCCAGUCCUCAGAUCUCAACACAGCAGGGGGGGGAGGCCAGCACACAUGAGAAGAAGAAGAUGAAGACGAUGCUUCAAAGGCGAAGGACGGCUCAGUCUGUCAUAAGCAGAGCUCUCAGCAAGCCCAGGACACAAACCAGGGCUGGCAUCUCCGUGGAGCGCUGCCCUUGGCAUGUGAAUCAGCCAGACGUGGCCGUCACCCAGGGCUCUUUCUUCGUCAUGGAGGACCAUGUUUACCUCACCAACGGGCUGCAAACUCAGGAGAGGCACCUCUUCCUUUUCACGGACGUCCUCAUCAUUGCCAAGUCCAAGUCCUCGGCCAGUCUUAAGGUGAAGGCGCAGGUGAGGCUUAGCGAGAUGUGGCUGGCCUCCUGCGUGGAGCAGGUGACCGAGCGCAAGCUCAGCUCCAAGAACUCCUUUGUUAUCGGCUGGCCCACGACCAAUUACGUCGUCACCCUCAGUUCCACAGAAACUAAGGAGAAAUGGCUGUCAACUCUGAAAUGGUACAUCGUUAAAUCCAAGCAAGAUGAACUCCCGUCUAAAAUUGCCAUGGGACUCCUAGUGCUGCUGGAUGAUCGGGUCUUUACUGCUGCACUUCAACUGAACAGCAGUGCCACGGCUGAUGAGAUCAUCCAGACAGUCGUGCUUCAAUGUGCAUUAAGAGGACCACCGGCGGAGUAUCAGCUCUGGGUGGAGUCGGCGGCGGAGGAGGCUCCGUGUGUCCUCAUCGGGCACGAGUGUCCGUACAGCAUCAUCCUCCAUCACCUGCGGGUGUCCGAGUGCCUGCCCAUGGUGCGCCGGAGCCUUCUGACGGCCGAGGGCACGCUGCACCUGGAGCUCCUGCCCAGGGAGGUGCCCGUGCCCCUCUUCACCUUCAGGGCCCGCAGUGCCAGGCACCACCCCACCCAGACCGAUUUCUCUCAGAAGCAAAGGCGGAAGAGAUCGAUCAUAGACUGGGCGCUGCGUCGAGGGACCAGCAACCAAUCAAGCGGCCCGACAGACUCCCCCUGCAGUGCUCUGUUCGGCCAGCCGCUAGCCACCAUCUGCCCCCAUGGAUGCCCACCUCAGCCCAUCAUGGAUAUGCUCUACACGCUAUACCAGGAGGGACCGUCCACCCAGGGGAUUUUCCGGCGCUCGGCCAACGCGAAGAGCUGCAGGGAGCUCAAGGAGAAGCUGACCGGUGGCAUGGAGUCCUUACCAGAGGGAGAGUCUGUGCUCGUCAUCGCAGCUGUCUUCACUGACUUCCUGCGUAGUCUACCCGGCAGCAUCCUGGGUUCCCACUUGUGUGAGCGGUGGAUGGAGGUGAUGGAUGUGGAGGAGGAGGAGGAGAGGAGAGCCGUCGUGAGGAGCUUGGUGGCUGAGCUCCCUGAGGAGAAUGGCACCCUGCUGCGCUACAUGUUCUGGGUGCUGCACCGGAUCCAGCAGCACUCGGAGCACAACCAGAUGAGCGCCUCAAACCUGGCUCUCUGCAUCGCCCCCAACAUGCUGAUACUGCCCUCGCCGACCAGCGCCGAGGAGGAGACCAAAGCCAUGAAAAAGGUUGCUGAAGUCACUCAGCUGCUCAUUGAGAGCACUCCCUCCAUCUUUGGUGAGGACGUAGGAGGGCCUCUACGUCAGUGGAGGAGCAUGAGGGAUGAGCAAGCGGUCGGUGCAGAGGAGCCAGCCCUGCUUGCCAAACAGACGGGUCCGAAGGCGGCCUCCUCCGUCUCGCUCCUCUCCCCCCCUGACCACUUCCUGCUGCCCCUGGCCACUCUGGCCCUGCGGGAGGACCAGUCGUCGGCGUCCAGCGUGUCCGUCUGCUCCAUCCCCGCCGGACUGGGCCCCUUGCGCUCGUCUCGCUGCGCCUCCGAACCCACCGUCUGCCCGGCGACUCAGCCGUCGCCCGCCCACGUGCCCGUGGCCCGCCAGUCCAGCUGCGACGCGGCCGUGAUGGGCGGCUCGUCCGGCCAAUCGCGGAGCCCCUGCGCGGCGCGGGCGCGGCACUUCCAGGCCAGGCAGAAGCAGCCGGCGUGGCGGCCCGAGGACGGCAGCCCGAGGACGGGGAGGAGCCGCUACGCGCUGUGGAGGUCUCCUCAGAUCGCGCCGCGCUUCCGCCACUUCAGCCUGUCCAGCCUGUCGUCGUCCGCCGCCACCAUCGCCUCCUCCUCGGUCAGCUCGCUGGACAGCGCCCUGUCGCUGGCCUCGUCCGAGACGCCGUCCAGCCCCAAGGACGGCGCCGCGUCGUCCCGCCGGCCCUCCUUCCUCUUCGGCGCCGCCGCCAGGCUCCGGCCGCUGACGCCCGACGUGCCGCGCAAGUUCCCGCCGGACUGGAGCAUGGCCUUCCCUCACGAGGAGGUGGACGCCGAGGGCCAGGAGGAGGAGGAGGAGGAAGAGGAGGAGGAAGAGGAGGAGGAAGAGGAGGAGGCCAAGAGAGCGAGCGAGCGAGGACACUGGGCUGGAGUGACAGACGAAGAGGCGGAGGAGGGGGGAGAGUGUGAGGACGAAAGCGGCAGCUCCCGGUGGAGUAGCCGGCCUGACCUGGCGAUGACACGCUCUGUGGGGGACGGGGAGCAGGUGCUGUGGACUAAUGAGCGCUGGGCUGACCGCAGGGCUCCGGGCGAGACCAGGGAGACGUCGGUCACUCACAUCAAGCUGAGCAGCUCCUCCGUCCAGCUGCCCGCACGCUCCGGCUUGCCCGACGUGGAACAGGUGCAGCGGACUAAAAUCACCUUCUAUUCCUCGUCCGCCACGCUGACCGUCUCGGACCCCGCCGCGCGCCCAGUCGCAGACACCGCUGCGGGGGUGGACUCGCCGGGCCCGGCGGGAACGUCCGGCGCCCAGAGCCACACGGUGCGCGUGCACAUCCCGCAGACGGUGUUCUACGGCCACAGCGCGCCUCUGGUGCUCCGCUCGGUCUCCGCGCGAGCCGGUCCCGCAGAUGGCGAGGGCUCGCCGCGGGUCGACCGCCCGCGCACCCGCAUCACCGUGUCCGGGGGCAUCAGCCUGUCCAAUAGCGCCUGGCACGGAGCCCCGACCGCCAACGGGGCCGAGGGGACAGCGGCGCCGCGGAUGGCAGGUGCCAGCCAGGACGUGAUUGGCGGUGGCGAUGGCGGGGGCUCCGCUGGGCACGCGCGGCCCCCGAGCUCGCCCAAGCCACACAGUCGGGCGUCGGCGGCGAUCCGCCACACCAUCCGCAUCAAGCUGCCCGCCAUGGUGCGCAACACGGUCCGAGAGUACUUUAGCCACGGGGAGGGCGACGGCGACGGCCCCAGCGCCAAUGCCCGGUCGGCGGCCGUGGAGAAGGAGCUGGUCAUCAACAGACUGCAGUGGCAGAGGAGAGACCCCCAUUGCUCCCUGUCUGAGGCCUGUCCAGCCUCCGCCUAUUCGGACAAAGAGGAGCCUUAUGUCUAGCCACGUUCACCUUUCACAUGAGGGAAUUGCACUUUUUGGACUGUUUUGCAUGAAUUUACUGUAGAAGGUCACAAAAGACA